AUGACCUUCGGCAUCAUUUUCUCUGUGGUGAUUUCUUGCAUAUUGGCAAAAACAAUCCUUGUGAUUGUGGCCUUCCUGGCCACUAAACCAGGCAAUAGGAUGAAGAAAUGGCUAGGGCCAAAAGUGGCCAAUACAAUUGUUCUUUUCUGCUCCCUCAGUCAAGUGUGUAUUUGCAUUGCAUGGCUGUUCACGUCUCCUCCUUUCCCAGAUGUUGACAUGCACUCACAGACUGGGAAGAUUAUAAUGCAAUGCAAUGAAGGUUCUGUCAUGAUGUUCUACUGUGUCCUGGGAUACAUGGGCUUCUUGGCCCUCAUCAGCUUCACUGUAGCUUUCCUAGCCAGAAAUUUGCCUGGUACUUUCAAUGAAGCCAAGUUGAUCACCUUCAGCAUGCUUGUGUUUUGCAGUGUCUGGAUCUCCUUUAUUCCAGGUUACCUGAGCACCAAGGGGAAAUACAUAGUGGCUGUGGAGGUGUUUGCCAUCUUGGCAUCCAAUUCUGGUCUACUGGCUUGCAUGUUCCUCCCCAAAUGUUAUAUCAUUGUUUUUAGAGUUGAUCUCAAUACCAAGAAGUUGCUAACUAAAAAAAAGAAUGAUUGGACUUGA